AUGGCAGGACAGUUAGCAACUCGAGGACCUGGUGCAUAUAAAAUUCCGGGAUUUAGAGAUAUUCCUCAAGAGUUUAAUGUUUCUCUACUCAAGGGUGUGGAAUGGGAGGAGCUGAAGACUAUUCAGAGAAGUAGAGGAGUAGGUGAACCGCCGUUAUUUAUGGGUAGUGCUGUGUUCUUCGCUAUUAGAGAUGCGUUGAAGGCUGCUAGGAAGGAGUAUGGUGUGACAGCAGAAAUAGGUCAAGAUAUUAAGGAUGGAGGAUUGUUGAGAUUGGAAAGUCCAGCGACGCCGGAGAGAAUUAGGAUUAGUUGUGCGGAUCCAAUUUUGAAGAGAGCGGAAGUAAAGCCGAAGGAGGGUGAGAAGAGUUUCUUUAUAAGUAUUUAG